GACCGAUAGGAGCGCGUUCUUCUUCGUGCGUGCAGUCGGUGUUCGGCGGAGCUCUCAGUGCUUCAGUUCUCCGGAGGAAUAGUGUUGAUCUCAAGGACGUUCACUAUACUAAAAGCUCGAGACACGCAAACCUGGGAAACGGUUGAAAAUGAACGCGAUCAGAGAUUAUUUUCCUCUCCUGCUUGUUUGUGUGGCGGCGGUGACGGACGUUGGCGCUAAAGCGUCCGCCUCUGAGGAUGGUCGAUCUAUCACCCCUGGGGGGCCUUCAGAAAGCGGGGCCAGCUUGUACUCCACCACCCAAGACACGGGCAGGAGGCUCCCCGUUGUCACCACCCCCCUUCCUGUCAACGUCCCCAACCACCACCCAUUCUACAGGAAUCCCCCCCAACACUCUCAGCCAAAGUACUUUGAAGACAGCAGGUUAUCCAGCUCUCAUUCCAGCUUCCCCACCCUACCAUCGGGGGCUCCGCCGGAUAACAAUGGAGAUAAAAAGGCUUCGGAUGAGUUCAUUGGAAGCUCCUACAUGCAAACAACCCUUGUAAUGCACGGAUUAGCAGUCACUCCUCACUCCCACAACCCUGUUCCAGUCACCAGCCAGGUUUUAAAAGAUCAGGCUGCCAACAUCGCCUCUGCUGCCAGAGAGGAAGAUGAGGUGAGGUCAGAAGAGCCUGAGCUGAAUGUGAAGCCCAGCAGCGAUGAAGAGGAGACGACCACCACCACCAUAACCACCACAACCAUCAUAACCACCAUGCAGAGUCCAGUUCCCUGCCAGAUGAACCUGACCGGGCCAGACGGAUACAUAAAAGCUCCUCCACAGUCCAGCUCUGCUUUUCAAUCCACUAUGGACUGCAGCUACGUCAUCACUGUCUAUAUGGGCUAUGGAGUGGAGGUACAGGUGAUGAACGUGAAUCUAUCUGAGGGAGACAAGGUGGUGUUUGAAGAUGUGGGCCAGGGGGAGAACUCCAUACUGGCCAAUGAGUCCAUCCUGAUGAGGGGGUUGGUAAUAAGAAGCCACAGCAAUCAGAUCUCUAUCCGCUUCCACAGCCAGAUGCCUCAGGUCGGAUCAGCGCUGCUCAGAUACCAAGCCUUCGUCCUGAGCUGUGUGUUCCCCCGGCGGCCCCUCUACGGGGACGUGUCGGUGAGCAGCCUCCACUCUGGGGGGGAGGCCUUCUUCUCCUGUCUGAGCGGGUACCAGCUGCAGGGCCCCGCUGUGCUCACCUGCCGCAACGCCAGCACCCCCUACUGGAGCGGCAAGGAACCACACUGCCUAGCUGCCUGUGGUGGUUUGAUCAAAAACGUCACAGUUGGUCGGAUCAUCUCUCCAGGUUUUCCCAGCAACUACAGCAACAACCUGACCUGCCACUGGCUGCUGGAGGCCCCCGAGGGCCACAGGCUUCAUGUCCACUUUGAGAAGGUGGCGCUGGCUGAGGAUGAUGAUAGGCUGCUGAUCAAAAAUGGUAACAGCAUAGAUGCAACUGCCCUGUAUGAUUCAUAUCAGGUAGAGUAUCUUCCCAAUGAAGGUCUCCUCAGCACAUCCAGGUAUCUCUUCGUUGAGCUAAUAACAGACGCUACAGGCACAUCUACUGGCAUCGCUAUCCGAUACCAAGCCUUUGCAGCGGGCCACUGCUACGAACCCUUCGUUAAGUACGGUAACCUGACCAGCAGCGACAACAGUUGGGCAGUAGGAGCUGUGGUUGAGUUUGCCUGUGACCCUGGCUAUACUCUGGAACAGGGGUCCGUCACCAUCGAAUGCAUGGACCCCAACAACCCCCAGUGGAACGAGACCGAGCCUGCCUGCAGAGCUGUGUGUAGCGGCGAGAUCACAGACUCAGCAGGAGUGGUGCUGUCUCCGAACUGGCCCGAAGCCUACGAUAAAGGCCAGGACUGUAUCUGGGGAAUCCACGUGGAGGAGGACAAGAGGAUCAUGGUGGACAUUCAAGUGUUGAACAUUGGGAAGAAUGACCUGGUGACCUUUUAUGAUGGAGAUGACCUAACAGCUAAAAUUCUGGGUCAGUAUGGAGGAUCGAAACCCAGAUUUAAGCUCUACACCUCUACCGCAGACCUCACCAUCCAGUUCCAGUCCGACCCGGCAACCAACGUGUACGGCUAUGGCAACGGCUUUGUAGUCCACUUCUUUGAAGUAGCUCGGAACGACACCUGCCCUGAGUUGCCAGAGAUUUCUAAUGGCUGGAAGAGUACAUCUCACCCUGAGCUGGUUCAGGGCACCGUGGUGACCUACCAGUGUUACCCUGGUUAUCAGGUGGUUGGCGCCGAGCUGCUCAUGUGCCAAUGGGACCUCACCUGGAGCGGCGACCUACCCAGCUGUGAGAGAGUGGUGUCCUGCCCUGACCCUGGGAAGGUGGAGCACAGCAGGCGGGUGCUGUCUGGUUCCCACUUCACCGUGGCUUCAACCAUCCAGUACAUCUGCGACAAGGGCUUCACUCUGUCUGGGAACAGCCUCCUCACCUGCUUCAACCGAGGGUCCUCAGGCCCCAAGUGGAAUCAGAAGCUGCCUCAAUGCCUACCUGAGGUCUUGGAGCCCUGCAGUCACCCAGGAACGCCUACCUACGGGGUCCCCAGCUCCAACAAGAUCCAGUUCCAGGCGGGAGAGACCCUCCACUACUCCUGUCUGCCCGGACACCAGCUGCUGGGGGAGCCAGUUCUCCACUGUGUCCCUGGACACCCGUCCCAGUGGAGUGGGCUGCCACCUGUCUGCAAAGCCCACCCAGCUAAUGCUGAGCACAGAUUAGAUGUGUCUACUGCAGACCUAAGAAUGGAGGGGGCCCAAGUAGCAUUUGCUGUCUUCAUCCCCAUCGUCCUCCUCCUCAGCCUCAUCAUUGGAAUCUACCUCUACUACUCAAAGCUUCAGAGAAAGCCACUUCAGCUGUCACUGUCCUCCAACCUACCAUAUGAAAACAUCUCUGGAGAAUCCACGUGUGACAACUCAGUUUAUGAGACAACGAACAAUGAUGAUACACGAGAAUACGAGGUUUCGAUCUGAAGACGCCAGAGCAUGUGUUUCAGAAUGGACAGAUAAGAAGCCUGCUGGCCUUUUCAACGUCUGUCAGACUCACACCUUUGGUGACUCCACCCUGUUCUCUAUACACUGAAUAUGAGCCUCCCUUUAUUUACCCUACAGAGGAUGCCACACUACCGCUGGAAAGGCUGGGCCACCGGAUAAUUUUUCUAGCUCAACAGUACAGUCCAGCAGCAGCAGUUUGUACAGUUUUUAAUCCUGUGAUUGCAUCCUGAGGACUUUCAGCACCAAGAACCAUCUCAGAAAGCAGAGGGAUUCGAUGCAAAGCUUGUGCCAUUAAGUGAUAUAACCACUGAUGUUACAUUGUGUUAUAUACAUUAUACACUAUAUGUCUCCUGCACCAUUUAAAGAGCAAUGCUUGGAUUAACGGGAUGUCUAUUAAGAGUAACAUCUUAACUUAUCUUGACAAACAAUUGCAUUUACAUUUAGAGUAUGCUCAAAAAUGUAGCCCUUCGAAUUGAUGCACGAUCUGAGAUAAGAAAUCAGAAUAUACAUUAAAUAAAAGGCCCUAUAAAAUAUAAUUGUUCCUGCGAGAGAGAGAGAAGAAAACGUAUUUCAUUUUCAUGUCUGUAUUAAGUACGGAGCUGGAUGUGGUUAACCUUACUUUGCAUAAAGACUUGAAAGCAGGGGGUUUAGCUAGCCAGGCUUGGUAAAUACACCCAACACCUCCUUAGCUCACUAGAAAACAUGUUGCAUCUUGUUCAUUUGUAUCCCAAGUAAGAACAAAAUAAAUAAACAAUAUGUUGCUUAAGGAUUGUAACGUUUUCAUGAAAAAAUCCAACUGAACAUCGCUAACUAUGUAAUUUCUUGAAUAGCUAUAUUUAAUUUGCUUUCAAGAUUUCUCAAAACAAAACAAAAGCCCGGCUUGGUACAAAUUCAUAUAAAGAUAAUAAUGAUUAAUUGCAUUUAUUUUGUGCUCAAAGCGCUUUACAUUACAUAUUACAUAUAUCAGUUAUGUAAUACAUCAUGUUGUUCUUUUACACUUUUGCUAGCAAGCGACUCAUUAGCUUGCUAGCAUCAACAGUCUCACACAACCCAGUCUCACGGCAUUUCGUGUUAUAGUCAUG